AUAAAUACUUCUGAUUUGCACAGUUUUGUUUCUCUUUUAACAUCAGAUGUUUAAUGUUUCUGAGCAUAAGCAAAACGUGGAAGCCAUGAUUAAAAACAUUAACACAAUUUCUUUGGAGUUGAAGAAGAUGAAAGGUAACCACCACCAAGGGGAUGGGGCUGCCAAGACCACUUUGGACCAGUCAGGACUUACUGCUGGACCUGGGGAGAGGAGCACCUCAAAUGAAAUCAAGUUGUGCCACCAAGAAGAAGAGGGGAGUGGCUGUUAGUAAGGCACCAAAUAGUGAGUGCCUCUUAUGCUUUUUCUAUUUUCCCUGUGGCAGCAUUUUCUAGACUUUGAUCUGUAAACCCUGUUGUCUCAAGAGAUGUUAAUAGAUGGUGUGCGGUAAAAAUGGAGUCCAUGUUCUUAUGGUCAAAUAAGUUGGGAAGUGCUUUAUGCUAUAUAUUUCUCUCACAAAUUUAUAGUACAUAUGAACAAAGGCACUGAGGAGUCUGAUGUAAAAAAAAAUCUGGUUAGCUUUGCUUAAUUCAUGAUCUCUCAAAACCAAUGUCAGCACUACAGCAAGGAUUAUCUUUCUAAAAUGUAAUCUGCUGAAAACCCUCCUUGGCUCACCAUUGUCCUCAGGAUAAAGUCGAAACCUCCUAGAAUGGACUAUAAGACUUCUUGAGGUCAGAACCCUGCCUGCCUCUCCAGUGUCUUGCUCUUUGUUUCCCUGCGUGUUCUAUC